CCUCAACUCCCCCCUCUCCGCCAGCGCCAUUUUGGCGGCGGCGGCGGCCCCGUGGACGUCUCUUCCGGCGGAAGCGCCGCGGGCCGGAAGCGAGCGGGCGGCGAGCGGCGCGCGCGGGGCCGGGAGCGCGCGGGCAGGAUGGGUGACAGUGACGAUGAGUACGACCGGCGGCGCAGGGACAAAUUCCGGCGGGAGCGCAGCGACUACGAACGGUCCCGGGAGAGGGAGGAGAGGAGGAGGGACGACUGGAGCGACCGGGACUGGGAGCGGGGCCGGGAGCGCCGCAGCCGCGAUUACCGGGACUACGACCGCACCCGGCGGGAGCGAUUCUCCCCACCCCGGCACGAGCUGAGCCCGCCCCAGAAACGGCUGCGCAGGGACUGGGAUGACCACAGCACUGACCCCUACCACGGCGGGUACGAGCUGCCCUACGGGGGCGGCGGCGCCGGCCCCACCUACGGCCCCCCCCAGGCGCCCUGGGGCCCCCACGAGAUGCAGCAGCAGCUCCUGCAGCACCAGCUGCUGCCCAUCCAGGCCAGGCCAGGGCUGGGCACCAUCGCGGAGGUGGACCUGGGCAUGGCGCCCCCGGUGAUGAAGAGCUUCAAGGAGUUCCUGCUGUCCCUGGACGACGCCGUGGACGAGACGGAGGCCGUGAAGCGCUACAACGACUACAAGCUGGACUUCCGCGGCAGCAGCUGCAGGAGUUCUUCCUGGCCCACAAGGACGAGGAGUGGUACGUGCCCAAAGGGGUUCUGGAAGGUUCCGUGCCUUUAA